CCCCUCUGGCCCCAGCGCCCGGCCGCUGCCCGCCACCCGCCGGCCCUUCCGUUUCACUCAGCGGAGCCACUGAGAGGGACGGGUGCGGGCAAUGGAGCGCACAGCAGGCAAAGAGCUGGCCCUGGCACCGCUGCAGGACUGGGGGGAAGAGACCGAGGACGGCGCGGUGUACAGCGUCUCCCUGCGGCGACAGCACAGUCAGCGCUUGAGUCCGGCGGAGGGCACCGGGGGCAGCCAGGCCCCCAGCCCCAUUGCCAAUACCUUCCUCCACUAUCGAACCAGCAAGGUGAGGGUGCUGAGGGCAGCGCGCCUGGAGCGGCUGGUGGGAGAGUUGGUGUCUGGAGACCGUGAGCAGGACCCCAGCUUUGUGCCCGCCUUCCUGGCCACCUACCGGACCUUUGUACCCACUGCCCACCUGCUGGGCUUUCUGCUGCCACCAAUGCCUCCGCCCCCACCUCCUGGGGUAGAGAUCAAGAAGACAGCGGUACAAGAUCUGAGCUUCAACAAGAACCUGAGGGCUGUGGUGUCAGUGCUGGGCUCCUGGCUGCAGGACCACCCUCAGGAUUUCCGAGACCCCCCUGCCCACUCAGACCUGGGCAGUGUCCGAACCUUUCUGGGCUGGGCGGCCCCAGGGAGGAACCUUUCUAGGCUGGGCGGCCCCAGGAGUGCUGAGGCUCGAAAAGCGAAGCUUCUGAAGAUUUUUUUGGAGGAGGCUGAGCGAGAGCAGGAAGGGAGCCACCAGGUGUGGACAGGACCUCCCAGAGUUGCCCAAACUUCUGACCCAGACUCUGCAGAGGCCUGCGCGGAGGAAGAGGAAGGACUCAUGCCGCAAGCUCCCCAGCUCCUGGACUUCAGCGUGGACGAGGUGGCCGAGCAGCUGACCCUCAUGGACUUGGAGCUCUUCUCCAAGGUGAGGCCCUACGAGUGCCUGGGCUCCGUGUGGUCGCAGAGGGACCGGCCGGGGGCUGCAGGCGCCUCCCCCACUGUGCGCGCCACCGUGGCCCAGUUCAACAAAGUGACCGGCUGUGUGCUGGGUUCUGUGCUCGGAGCGCCGGGCUUGACCGCCCCGCAGAGGGCGCAGCGGCUGGAGAAGUGGAUCCGCAUCGCCCAGCGCUGCCGAGAACUGCGGAACUUCUCCUCCUUGCGCGCCAUCCUGUCCGCCCUGCAAUCUAACCCCAUCUACCGGCUCAAGCGCAGCUGGGGGGCCGUAAGCCGGGAACCGCUAUCUACUUUCAGGAAACUUUCGCAGAUUUUCUCCGAUGAGAACAACCACCUCAGCAGUAGAGAGAUUCUUUUCCAGGAGGAGGCCACUGAGGGAUCCCAAAAAGAGGACAACACCCCAGGCAGCCUGCCCUCGAAACCACCCCCAGGCCCUGUGCCUUACCUUGGCACCUUCCUCACGGACCUGGUUAUGCUGGACACAGCCCUGCCGGAUAUGUUGGAGGGGGAUCUCAUUAACUUUGAGAAGAGGAGGAAGGAGUGGGAGAUCCUGGCCCGCAUCCAGCAGCUGCAGAGGCGCUGUCAGAGCUACACCCUGAGCCCCCACCCGCCCAUCCUGGCUGCCCUGCAUGCCCAGCGCCAGCUCAGUGAGGAGCAGAGCUACCGGCUCUCCCGGGUCAUUGAGCCACCAGCUGCCUCCUGCCCCAGCUCCCCACGAAUCCAACGGCGGAUCAGCCUCACCAAGCGUCUCAGUGCGAAACUUUCCCGAGAGAAAAGUUCAUUCCCUAGUUGGAGUCCCGGGAACCCCUCAUCCCCCACCUCCAGUGUGUCCCCAGGGUCUCCCCCCUCAAGUCCCAGAAGCAGAGAUGCUCCUGCUGGCAGUCCCCCGGCCUCUCCAGGGCCCCAGGGCCCCAGCACCAAGCUGCCCCUGAGCCCGGACCUGCCCAGACCCGGCCCUUCGCCUCUGGGCAGCCCUCGAAUCCCGCUCCCGGCGCAGCAGAGCUCGGAGGCCCGCAUCAUCCGCAUCAGCAUCGACAAUGACCACGGGAACCUGUAUCGAAGCAUCUUGCUGACCAGUCAGGACAAAGCCCCCAGCGUGGUCCAGCGAGCCUUGCAGAAGCACAAUGUACCCCAGUCCUGGGCCCGUGAUUAUCAGCUCUUUCAAGUCCUUCCUGGGGACAGGGAGCUCCUGAUUCCUGACAAUGCCAACGUCUUCUAUGCCAUGAGUCCAGCCACCCCCGGAGACUUCAUGCUACGGCGGAAAGAGGGGACCCGGCACACUCUGUCUGUCUCCCCGACCUGAGGCAGCUGUGUCCUCCCCGCAAGACACAAGUCCCACAGGCAAGCUUGUGACUCAUCUCCUGGAAAGCCGCCAUCCCCCAAUAGAAGCUACUAUACUCUGUAUCCCGGGACCACCCCCCAACUGUAGCCCAUUGGACCCCAUCUCUUUUCAUGACCCUGUUGGUACUAGAUCCAUAUUCCAAAGACAUCAGCCCAUGGGUGGCUGGUGGACAGCUCAAUCUCAUAAAUAUAGAAAGGGGUGGGGCAUGGGUACGUCAGAUCCCUCCCCAGAGAAAUGUUACAAAUGUUGGAGAUGCAUCAGAAGUGACAGAUGCAGAUGAAAAUAGUGACCAGAGUUAUGAAACAGG